AUGGAUUGGGGUGACAUGACUUUACCCUCACCUCUUGCUGUGCCGCUACCCGUCGUCCCCCGUCGCUCCUUCACCGCAGGUGGAGCAUGUGUUGGAGAUGGACGUCUCGGGAUGGUCAUCCUGGAUUGGCAUCGGGCUGUCGUCGCAUCCCGCUCAUCUGCGGGACUCGUUGCUGCUGAGUGUGGCAGGCCUGAGAGAAUACUUCGCCUGCAGAGGAGCCGUCCCCCUAGCCGGCUACUCCCAGAGAAUGCAGUGGGGCGCCAUUCAAACUUCACCUUGUCUCUCGCCCUCUCUUUGUCCCUCUUCCCACCAGGCCUGAGAGAAUACUUCGCCUGCAGAGGAGCCGUCCCCCUAGCCGGCUACUCCCAGAGAAUGCAGCCUGAGAGAAUACUUCUCCUGCAGGGGAGGCGCCUCCCUAGCCUCUACACCCUGGGCCUGAGAGGGUACUUCGCCUGCAGGGGCGGCGCCUCCCUAGCCUGCUACGGGUAUGAAAGGCACCGCCAUUCAGAGUCGCCCUUUCCUCUGGCCCUCAUUCUGUCCCUCUUUCCACCAGGCCUGAGAGAAUACUUCGCCUGCAGGGGCGGCGCCCCUCUGGCCUACUACUCACUGGGUAUCCAGCGGCAUUUGAUCUUCCCCACCACAUCAGCCAUGAGUACUGGUCCCACAGGUGGCUUUGUCUUUUCCGACCUAGCCUCGGGCUCAGCCACGGGGUCAGGCUCGGGAGCCGGUUCGGGGACGUGGGGCCUGGCCUCGCUUGUCAGCCUUGGAACGGAGGAUGGGAAGAGCCAGGAGGAGGCAGGAGGGGGAAGGGGAACAGGGAGAGCAGGAGCAAUAGGGGGACUGGCAGGGGGGGGUGCAGGAGGGGGGAUGGCUGUGAGUGCGGAUAGGGGUUCGGCAGGACUGGGAGGGGCAGUGGCAGCGGCUGUGGUAGCAGCGGUGGCAGCGGCAGUGGCAGCAGGAGGGAAGGGCGAGGUGGGGGGCGAUGGGAGGAGAACCCCCAGGUUGGACCGAGCAUUGUCCAACUUUCUGGACAUGGAGGAUCCGGAUGAGUUCUACGAGUGUCCCACCAACGCGCCUUCGGAAACGUCUAGUGAUGUGAGUGACAAUCAUGCAAGCAAGGGGAAGGUGGUGAGGUGGGGAGGUGGGGGGCGAUGGGAGGAGAACCCCCAGGACCCGGAUGAGUUCUAUGAGUGCCGCACCAACGCCCCUUCAGAGACUUCUAGUGAUGUGAGUGACACUCAUGGAAGGUUGAGGUGGGGAGGAGGGGAGGUAGGGGGGUGGGGAGGAGAGGGGGAAUGGGAGGUCUUUCCUGACAUGGAGGAUCCGGAUGAAUUCUAUGAGUGCCGCACCAACGCUCCUUCAGAGACGUCUAGUGAUGGCGUGUUGCAGAGGGACCUGUCAGGAGUCAUGGUGGACGGUGUAGAUGCUUCCAAGCUCCCCGACGACUGGUCCCAUGUGCCUCGGGAUCUGACCCCUGACUCCCUCUCGCUGCCGCUCUUCAUUGACUGGAGCAAGCUGAGUGGCUCCGUGGCCCCCAACCACUCGGGCAAGGGCAAGAACUGCUGGAGCAGACCCGACUGCAACGUGUACAAGCUGAGGAGCAGGAAUUAUCUCAAUGAUGGGAGCAUGGCGCCAGCUGGCGAGCCACUGUGCCAGCUGGUGGCAGUGGAUUGGCUGCGGCCAGAGAAGCACCCUGCUGCCCACGUGGCAGCCCACAAGAAGUGCCUCGUGCAGAGAGUACGGGCCUGUUAUGGAGACCAGGCGCCGUUCUUCAUCCUAAUCAACCUUCAGGGCUCGUGGCUGGUGAAGCAGGCAGUGGGGUCGCACAACGUGGUGAUGGGGCAGGUGAUGGAGACGGCUUACCACUCCACAGAGGAGUACUUUGAGGUGGAUGUGAACAUGGCAUCGUCAUCCGUGGUGCGUGGCAUCAUGGGCAUGGUCUUUGGAUACAUCACAAACCUGGUGGUCGACAUGACAUUCUAUCUCAAGAUUGUUCGCUCGCUUCGCCCUCUCUUAAACAGCUGGAUCGACUGGAAGGCCCUUCAUGCAGCUGGGUUCAAGGCAGUGGUAUUUGACAAGGAUAACACACUCACACUUCCGUACAAGAUGCAGGUGGAGGAUGGGCUGGUAGCUUCCCUGGAUGUGUGUCGGAAGACGUUCGGAUCCAGAGGCAUUGCCAUUCUGAGCAACUCUGCAGGGUUGAAGCAAUACGACCCUGACGGCUCCUUGGCAGCAGCAAUGGAGCGGGACCUGGGGAUGCCUGUGAUUCUUCACUCUGAGAAGAAACCCGGUGGAGGAGCAGCAGAGCUGGAGACGCACUUCGGAUGCCGGGAAGAUGAGAUGGUCAUGGUUGGAGACCGGUGCCUCACAGACAUUGUAUUUGGCAACCGCAACGGGCUUCUCACCGUUUUGACAGCUCCACUUUCUCCUGGGGAAGAUCCCCUAGCUGUCCGGCAGGCUCGCAGAUUCGAAGAAGUGCUUGCGACAACCCUUCAGAGACGAGGGGUUCAGGCUCCUCCGCAAGCUAAGUUCAGCAGCUCUUAUGCUUUUGUCCUGCCUCCUGCCUGCUGGUGA